UUUAAAACCCUAAUAACAACAGCAACUAUAUAUUCUCGAUAAAACUAAAAAAACUCCCUUAAAACCCUAGUAACAACUAUAUAUUCUCAGUAACACAAACCCUAAAACCACUCUUUGUUCCAAAAUUUAUCCCAAAAGCAAACAAUCAUGAAGGUUAUUGCCACCUACUUGUUGGCUGUGUUGGGUGGAAGCACCAAUCCUACAGCUGAAGAUUUGAAGGCAAUUCUUUCCUCCGUUGGAGCAGAAGCCGAAGAUUCAAAAAUUGAGUUGUUAUUAUCUCAAGUCAAAGGAAAAGACCUUACUGAACUUAUUGCAGCUGGAAGAGAGAUGCUUGCAUCGGUCCCUUCCGGUGGUGGUGGUGGUGCUGGUGGUGUUGUGGUUGCUAGUGGUGGUGUAGGUGCAGCGGUGGCGGAGAAGAAGGAAGAGGUAAAGAAGGUUGAAGAGAAAGAAGAGUCUGAAGAUGAAGACUUUAAUUUGGAUCUCUUUGCUUAGACGAUGAAUUUAAGUUUUAUGCACUAGCAUGCAAUUGUUACUUUUAUGUUAUAGUAUCCUAUUGGAAUUGGAGUUGAUGUUUUGUUUACUUUUUUGGGAUUAAAUUCUAUAUUUUAGUUUAGGUUUCUUUUAUAUAAUAGUAUUUGGUUUUAUGUCCAUGCAUAUAUGUUGGUUAUGUUGCUCGUUCAAUUUUUUCUUGUUCAUGCAUUAUAUAAUAAUGUUAUGUUCAUG